UACUUUGGUUGAGAAUCCCGGAACGUCAUAAACAAGCAACAUGGUCGACUAUCGCGAAUAUUGACAUACGACGCGUGUUAUUAUUUACAAACUAAACAAAAGAAGCUGGCUAGAUCAAUGAUGCUCUAACAUUGCUCGUUCGUGCAAUGGCACAAGCGAAGCUUAACGUGCCAGAGAAAUCUGGCGCCGUCAUUAAGGAGAAGGAUAAAGAUAUUGAAGAAAAAGAAGGACUCACUGUCAUACCAGAAUGUGCUGUGUGUCUGCAGCCUUGCAUUCAUCCGGCGAGAUUACCCUGCAGUCACAUAUAUUGCUAUCUGUGUGUAAAGGGUGUUGCUAAUCAGAGCAAACGGUGUCCAAUGUGUCGUCAAGAGAUUCCACCAGAUUUCCUUGAAAGACCUCAGCUGGUAGAAGUUGAAGAGUCUCAGAAGGAAUCAGAACAUCCUGAAGAAGAAUACCAGUGGUUUUACGAAGGUCGAAAUGGUUGGUGGCAAUAUGAUCAACGUACAAGUAUCGAAUUAGAAACGGCGUAUAAACAGGGCAAAAGGACCUGUGAGUUGCUGAUUGCAGGAUUCCUUUAUAUCGCCGAUUUUGGUUCAAUGCUGCAAUUGCGCAGAAAUGAUCCUUCCAGGCGAAGGAGAAUUAAAAGAGAUCUGUAUAAUGUGCCAAGAAAAGGAGUUGCCGGAUUACGUCUCAAUGUACAGGAUGAGGAGAUUGUGAGGGAAAUAAGAGGUGCAGAACGACCAGCUAGUCCUGCAAGUGAUAGUAUGGGUACAGGAGACGGCACUAAUACUCCCAUACCGCCUAGUAAUACACCGCAAACACCUGCAGGUGGUACAGCAAGUGGCGACGCGACACCUCUAAACGAUAGAAUAGAUCAGAGAUCGGAUUCUCUGCAUCAAGUUCUAGAACAAAUGCGUUCUCUGGUUUUGAGAGAACAUUUGUCCUUAAAUAGUGAUAACGAAUUCGAAGAGGAUACAGAGGAUGCAACGAUUUCAGAUCAUCCCACUCUAUCAUAGCUACAAAUAUUGAAUUCGUCAGAAAUUAUAGUAAUCAUAUUUAAGAAUCUCCAAUUUGUUUCCAGGCUCUUCAUAUUACUGCUCAACUCAAUAAGAUAGUAUACUACACAUUAAUAUACAUUGUUUGCUAAAAAUGUAUCAAUAUACAAAACAUAUUGAUAUAGCAAACUGCAUUGCUCAACUACAGGCAUAUGAAAGUUAAUAUACCAUUAUGUCUUUCAAAUUAAAUAGUUAUUUUUAUUUGAAAAAUAUUCAUUUCUUGCUUUUAAAACAUCUUUAUGUAUAUCUUCUAUCAAUUUAUAUAUGUCAAAAAGAUAUUAAUUAAAUUGUCAUUGAGCAUAAUAAUAGUUUACAAAGAUAGAUCAAUAUAAUUUACAAUUAUUGAUAAACAAAUGUACUUAAAAGUUAAUUUUGCGAGCUACUGCAUUGUAUAUACAGUGUAAUGAUGUAAACGAUUAGUCAUAUAAAGUAAAGAGAGAAAAAUCUAAAAUAUAUAAUAUAUAUAUAUAUAUAUAUAUAUAUAUAUAUAUAAAUUUUAAAACAACAAAAUUUCUAAUAAAAAUGUGUUCAUGCCUUAUAAGGAAAGGCCCGUGAAAAAAAAAGAAUGUAAUGAAAAAAACGGUUAUUUAUUCUAAUGAAAAUCAAGUGCAAUGUUCAAUAAUCAAUGUAAUUGCUAGUUUUUAAUAAAUCUUGUAAUCUUCGAUGUUUAAAACUCAAAUUAUCUUCUUGUAUUAUAUAUAGAAAUAAAAAGUACAUUUUCUUCAGCAAUUUAUGUAAAUUAUGUUCUUUAAAUAAAAUAAACUCGAAUAGA